AUGCGACCACGUUCCAACGACACCGAUCAUGUGAGCCCAUUGGCAAAAUACCGGUAUACCAUGUCUUGCAUUCCAGUAAUACACAUUGAGCCCACCAACGCAGAUAAUGAUGAAGGCGUUCUCCAAACUGUCCAGCCCCAUCCCGGAUGGCUUUCUGUGCCAGAUAUGAAUUACACAGAUAAUGUGAGCCUCGACGCCAGUACAUUCUAUGGACUUCAAGAAGACCAGCAAGACCUACGGUCAAACGGUCCAACUUCAGACACGUUGUAUAUAACUACAAUCACGAAGGACAAAAAGACGAGCCUUAAAAGAGAAUUGGUGUGGGUUCAGAUUUAUCAAAGAAUAUCAUCCAUAGGAAGUCGUCUAAAUACGUGCCAACGAGAGAUCACCACAUACCUAAUGUUUUAUUCCUUUACACCCGGCGGGACGCCCACGAAGUGUGCUCCUGAACUAUGCUCACCUUUGAUUUGUUUGAAUCUGAAACAUUCCAAAAUGGUUCCGCUAGAUUCAAAACGCUUCAACAUCAUCACAAGAAACGGAGAGUGUUGUUUUGUACAGGCGGAAAUACCUCCAAAUACAGAUAUGAACUACUGGAUGGAAUUGCUCCAACCAAACGGUGACCGGAACGCACGUCGAAGGUGUUCCUCCGAGUACGUCCCAAUUAUACGAUCCGCACCGGGUUCCCCGGAACCCCGAAGAAAACAACCUUGUGGAUUAAAUGAGACCGGACCAAUCUUUUGUCUGGGUGGAUCUUCAGAUCCACUGAAUGAUAUUGAAGAAGCUGAAAAUGAAUAG